CUCAAACACACACACUCCCUCAAGCACACACACAUCACAGAUCACAAACAUACUCCAUGACACUGCUGGCAACGCUGUUGUUUGUGGCGCUGCUGUGUGCGCCGGCAGCGUCGGAUGCGCCGGCAGCGACGCUGGAGGAGCAAGCCGCAGAUUUCAAUUGCGACAGGGCAACAUCGCGUCGCGUUCGCGGCGUGCUGACCCAGUCCAUCCUGCCGCUGCUGGGAGCACGAGGGCUGCACCUAUCUUCCCCAGCCAAGCAUAACAACGACAGUCGUGCGGAGCCAGGUUCCGCACUCACACCGAGUUGCCCGCUGGACCCUACGCGGGACGUGUACGCCCGUCAGGAUGAGCAUCGCGACAUGGAAGGGACCACCAAGCUGACGUGCCUGUAUUGCGGCAAAUCCUUCCGCGGCGAGCCGUUCUUGGACCUCCACAUGCACAACCGCCACGCAGGCGAGCUCCUGGUGCCGGAUACCGGACCCCUGUGCCUGGCCGAUUACUGUGACGCCACCAUGUGUGAGACGCAGCUGGAGUAUCGCCAGUUUGCGCGCCUGUUCUCUCCCGAGCACGGCGGCAAGUGCGACCCUGACGCCAUGAGCCGGCGCAAAGAGAGUUGCGAGCGGCUGCUGCGAGGUGCGUGUUUGUUCGACGCACACGGGGACAACGGUGGCGCAAGCGGCGGUGCUCAAGGGCAGGAUGGAUCCACUGUGGGCGUUGGUGAUGGCGCAGUUGCAGACGUAAUCGCACGCGUGUGUGGGCGCGCAUCGUGCGAGUACAUCGACUAUCUGCUGGAGCGGGACGCCCCGUUGUCUGCGUUUCGGGCGCUGUACAUCCUGUCGUCGCUGUGUCUCCUGGUCGGCGUGCUCCUGUUCUAUUGCCAGACGUGCAUCGCCGACCUUGACCGCGACGAAGACGGCUUUUCCACGUACCCUUCCUCACGUGAAUCGCGACGCGGACAGGGAGCAAGUGGCACGGACAUCAACUACACAGACCGGGUGGCGGGCUGGCUGCGAGCCACCAGCCUUGUUCGGGUUCGCAGGCCCACCAUCAACACGGUGUAGCAAGCGAGUCCCUUGCUUGCUUGCUUUGGUAGACGCACUUGUGUCGUGUUGUGUGCUUUGUGUGUGUGUGUGUGUGUGUGCUUGUGUGUGUGUGUGUGU